GAUCAUCGAUGGGGCUGUGUUCAGUAUUUGAAUUCAUCGUCUGAUCUAGAUGUAGUAGAGGUGGGUUGGGGAAUACCUUUUUAUGGGGAAUACCUUUUUAUGGGUAAUAAGAUUGAAAAU